GUGGUUAUGAUUCUGAGUGGCGGGUGAAAUAUGGGGAGCACUGUUUUGACAAGGAAGUAACUUAACUAAUGUUAGUUUAACAGCCUAUCUUCACCACGUUCAGCUUCAUUUGGCAGAUUAACGCGUCUUUGGGCUGAUAUAUUUAACGCUAUAUUUACUGGAGGCGGAGAAAAACCCCUACAAUCUCGGAGAGAAUGAGUGGCGUCUCACCCUCCAUGCAUGGGCUUGCCUGGGCAUGGUCUUCUCAGCGUGGACCGGUUUGGUGAUGUGAUUGAGUGCCAGCUAUGGAACUGGAGGCUGAGAUGAGGUGUCACAUUUAUGUUGUGACACUUCUACUCUCUGCUCUCUCCUUUCUCAUGCAAAGGAUAAAGAACUGAAAGGAAAAAAAAGAAAGGAGAGAAAAGGAUGGAGAGGGAAAGGAUGGAGAGAGAGAAGACGUAUGAAGAAGCCUUUACAGACCAGUAUGCAGAGGAUAAAGGGCGUGACGUGUCCACAGGAGAAGAUCAGGGAAGAAGGGAUUCUGAAAGGAUUUUGGAAACAGUUGGAGUGAUGACUGUGGAAACCAGGCCUGAAGACUUGAGGAGUAGGAAUACUGUCCAGUCACUGGAGGUGGAGAGUAGACCUGCUUGCAGUGCAGGUCAAUAUACAAAUGAAGUGGAAGAACUGGGAAAUGAUGCCAAACUGAAGACGGAACUUUUAGCAUCAAUACAAAAAGCUCAGCGAAUGCAGGCGGAGGAUAUGAACACAGCUGGAAAUGGAGAAAGCUUUCUUUUCCUUCUCUCUGCUCCUUCUACCUCUUCUUCCUCAUCAAGUCCUUUGCCCUCCACUCUCUUCUCUGCUCUCUCCAUCUCUUCCUCCUCUCCACAGCUGUCUCUCACUCCCCCUCUGCCCCCUUCAGUGGAGCUGGAUGCAGUGUUAGUGGAAGGCAGGCUGGUGUUGGAUGUGUACCGGGGCGGGGGGGCAGUGAUGCCCGCUCUGUGGGAGAGUGUACCCGAGCGGAUGAGGUGGCUGCAGUACGUUCGGCUGGGCUCUGAGGAUGAAGAGGCUCUGGAAGCAGCUCUCAGAGUAUUGCCCUUACUCACUCAACUACGCUCAUUAACCAUUCGAGGACACCGCUUCUAUGAUGCCCAAGGCGAUCCCCUCCCAGGCCUCCUGACCUCUCUCCCUCCCUCCAUCUCCUCUCUUUCACUCCUCGUUCACCUGGAUCUCUCCUUUAACCGCCUCUCCUCUCUGCCUGAUUGUUUGCUCUCUCUGCCGCACCUCUCAGAGCUGCUUCUCUGCCACAAUCAGCUGGUCAUGCUGCCAGAGGAGCUGGGUACUCUGGUGUCUCUGCAGAGGCUUAAUUUGCUGGGGAACAGGCUGGAAGCUCUGCCUCCAGGAGUGGGGCUUCUGCUAGAGCUACAAGAGCUAGACGUGUCUUUUAACCAGUUGGAUGGUCUGCCCGAGGAGCUCGGCCUGCUACACAAUCUGCAUACGCUGGAGCUCUCCAAUAACAAGCUCCAGAAAUUACCAGAGACCCUGGGUUCUUUACACUCACUGAGGGUCUUGUCAAUCCACAGUAAUGAGUUGCGGAACAUUCCUGAGUGCGUGAGGUCCCUCCCUCUGCUAAUCAGACUGGACGAUGGGAACAACCUGCUGGGUCGCCCCCCAACCCCACCACCACUCCCUCCUCCACCAGCAGCUCAGGUUGAGGCGCCAAUUCCGGAGCUUCACCUCGCAUUCGACCAGCACAGAUUUAUGUUAUCUCCUGCUGGAUGCCACGUGUUCAUUCCGGGAGGAGCAGAGCUCCUGUUUCCACGCGGAUGUGUUCAAAAGCUUACACCACUCAAGUGGGCUGAGAGGAAACCAGACAAGAAGUGGGUACAGCUGGAGGAGCAUGAUGUUCUACUGAGCCGUCCUUUAGAGCUCCUCCCACAUGGUGCUACAUUUGAAAAGCCUGUAGAAGUAUGCGUUCCCUAUCACAGGACUCGUAAAGGGGAGGUGGUAGUUCGGAGGUAUGAUGGGCGGUCCUGGAGUACAUUACUUACCAAGACGAGAAGAGGGAGCCAUAAGCACAGUAGCAGACCCCUGGGGCGACCUGCACGGCUUGCCUGCUGCAGUGUGACACAGUUCUCCUGGUUUGUGGCUGUUUCUCGUCCUGUCCGAGACAGUUGCCCUGUACCUUCAACCGGAGCGCUGCUUGUGUCUCGCUAUGACUCCGGGAUCAAACUCACCUUUCCUGCCAACUGCACAGCACAGACACGCAUCGUCACACUACAGGUGCUGCAGGUGGCGCUGUCUGAGCUACAGAUUUUAACUGGAGACCCCCAUGCCAGUGCCAGCCCCCUCCUCUGCCUUUCCCAAACCCCUAGCAUGCACUUCCUCCAACCAGUCAAAGUGCAGAUCCCCCUGCCUCCUGGACUCACUGGACACACAGUGGACAUGUCUCGUUUGCACUUGCUGCAUGGUGAUCCUGUAGCUCACACCUGGACUGAUGUAACAGCUCAAGUGUCUCUCUACAUCACACACCUCUAUGCCAUCUUUUCUGUAACACACUUCUCUUGGUACUGGCUGUGGUACACCACUCAGAGAUGCAUCAGUGGAGUGGUGAGGAAAGUGUAUCACAGACUAAAACAGUUCAGAGUUCAGUUUCUGGUGCUGCAGAGAAAAACAGACCUGGCACAGGUGCUGCUUCAGUGCCUACCAUCAGAUAAGGUAGAUGGUAGGUUAGCUUCUCUGGUAGAUCAGUAUGAUGGUCCUCAGCCAUCGGAUGUUUGUAACCUGCUGGAAGGCGAACAGUUUUUUGCAGGAUUUGAGAGGGGCAUUGACAUCAGUGCAGACCGACCAGACUGCAGUGAGGGCAGACUGGCCUUCACCUUCUACUCCCACCUGAAGAACAUCAAAGAGGUGUAUGUCUGUCCCACCGACAAACAAGAGGGCACUAUCCGAGGACAGGUUUCAUUCUAUAGAGGUGAGGUUCCCAGUGAUCUGCCAGAGGAAGUGGCACGGAAAAGGAAAGGCCAUGACAACCAAUGGAUGGCGACACUUCCUCUCAGACUUCCUGGUUCUGACUGUGAGGGCAGUUUGUAUUUGGAGAAGCAGUAUCCUCCUCUGAACCUGGGUGACCCAGAGAGUGGCUAUCUGACUGAGACCAACCUGCUGGCCAUUUCGUUACGCAUCAGCCAAGACUGGCGCUGCAUUGGCAUGAAUCUGGGCAUCAGCUACCAGGAGCUGGAUCGCAUCCAGUACAAACACAGAGACAACCUGGGAGCGCUGGUGUUGGAGAUGCUUUUCCAUUGGGCGAGAGCACAGCAGAAGGCCGGAACAGGGGCAGUCCCUCGACUGAUUGACGCGCUGGUGGAGAGCGGCAGACGGGACCUGGCAGAGGAAGUGGAGGACAUAGUGAAUCUGGGGAAGAGGAAGUACAUAGAGUCCCUAAAGAGAGUGGGCUUAGAGACAGAGAAACCAACAAGCUCUGCUCAAGCUGAACCAAGCUGACACACACAGGGGAGAGAAUAUCUCCUUACCUCCACAUAAUGUACACAGAAUCACACUAAGUGUGCAGGACACACAGACAGUGUAUAUAAUAAACAAUGGCAGAACUGUACAGUAUUUAUCACAAGCCUCAUCCACACCCACAAGCAGCGUCCAGCAGGGUGUCCCAAGGGGCUGGGUUCUCACUCUGUGUGUUGUUGCUAUGGCUGUGCUGCUGUUGGGCUGAAUCAGCUCCUCAGAGAGAUCUUGCUUAAACACACACUCUGACUUCAACUACCUGAGCCUUAAAGCAAUCUGCAAAACUACACAUACAGGUUUCCUGAACCACCUAGUGAAACUGGUACCUAAGCAGAAACUUGAACUCUUGUCAGGGUGACUGUUUUAUGACCGCUGUAUUUUCUGUAUAAUUUUAAACUCGUCUGGGAUGGCUAACCUGAAAGCACCAUAGCAAGGGCUGCACAAUAUUUAAAAAACUGACUAUUUAAUUUGCAAUAUUACGUUACAACAUACCAGACUUUUCACUAGAGGUCACCAAAAGUCAAUGAUCCAACAUGGCAUGACAUUACUAGUGCACUUCAUUUGUUUUUAAUAUUAGAGUAAAAUAAAUUAUAUUGGGCAGAUAUAAUCUGCCUGUGGUAAAAGAAUAGUGUGAUUUUUUUAAUUUAAUUUUUUUUACAUCAAGCUGAAAAAGUUUAUUAUUUAAUUUAAAUGUCCCUUACAACCUGGCCUGUCACAAUAACCGUUUUGGAAGAUAUAUUGGGUCUUUAUUUUAAUGGGAUAAACAAUAUUAUUGUUAUUUUAAGACCAUUGUAUUAACUCUUAAGCGAUUAACUUUUCAUUAUUUAGAAAAUAAAGACAUUAGAGUUAGAAUACAUAUACAGUUUUAGUCAAAAGACACAUCUCUUAUUUCAGUGUGUUUCUAUGAUUAUUACAUUGUAAAUUUAAUAUUGACGACAUUAUAGAUGUACAGCUGCACAUGCAGAAUUACUUUGUAAACAGAAAAUGUUAAACAAACCAGAACCACACUUAGCUUUGAGGACUGAUCUGCCCACUCUUGGUAUUUUAAUCUCAGUGUCUUCAUGAGGUUGAGUCGGAGUCGGAGUCUUGAAGGAUAUCCUGGACGUGCACAAUAAUAUUUGCUGCUUUUCCUUUACACUGUUCUCCAGCUCAUCCCAAAUCACCUCAAUCCAAUCUCAUUUGGGUUUAGAUCAGGGUCAAUAAAAACAUAAUUCCAUAAUUUCCCUUAAUUGUUUAUACCUUUGAAAUUAAACUACAAUGUAGAAAAUAAAGAAAAACAUUACAUAAAAAGGUGUGUCCAAACUUUAACUGGUAGUGUAUAUCAUUUUAAAUAUCUUAACACAAAUAAAAUAAAACAUCACUUGUUAAAAAUACUGUAAAAACUGGGCGAAAUUGUUUUGUAGUCCAUAUACUGAUAUGAUAAGUUGAUAGUGUAAUUAUUGUGACAGGCAUAACUUUUUUUUUUAUUAUAAUAUUAUGUUUAAUUAAUUUUUCCCAAUUUCUUCCCAAUUUACACAGCCAAUUACCCAACCCACUCAUGACAACCCCCCAUCUUCUGAUCCACUCGGCACCCAACAGGCAUAAUUUUACAUGACAUUUCACAUGCCUACUUUAUUAUGAUGAUGCUAAAGUAAAAUAUUGUGCAGCCCCAAUCUUAGCACUAAAAUUCUGUACACUAAACAUUGAUGUUAAUCUUAAAACUAAGAGGCUUUAUAGACAAAAUCAUCCAUAAAACCUUGAGACUUUUGGACCAAAACAGAAUAUGUUUGUUUAUGUAUUUGUAAUUAUUUAAUGCCAGCCUGUCUGGAUAUUUUAAGGAAAUGGACUGAAUAAUGUUUAUUAACACACUUAUAAAUUUGCUCAUUAAUAAAUGUGCAGUCUAGUGUU